AUGGCCUCGCUGCCCAGCACCUCUCCUUCCCCCUCAAGCCCGAUGGCUACAUCGAUUCCAACGGAGUUACCAAGCGAUCUUUCGCCCUUUGAAAUGUUAAUCACCUGUAAUCCGCCCAUCCUUGACUCCCUUCUCGCCCAACUACCGACUACGUCCAUUUUCUAUCUCUACCAAACCUCGGCCUUCUUGAGAGACUUCUUAUCUAAAUCUCCAACUUCCUGGCGGUACAUCUCAUGGCGUCUGUAUCAGCCGUCGAUUUCCACUGCGGCCGUCACGAAUAAUGCCGUUGGGCAGCGUCAGUCCAGUAACUAUGCACUCGACCAGAUCCUUCUCAAUGUCAUCAAUCCAUUCAGUACCAGAUUAUUCAGCCUGGAGCUGGACAAUACGGCAGUCAGCGGAGCCACAUUAACCUCUACCGUGCUUGUAUUGAGAAGGGAUACAUUGACCCAUGUUUCGGUUCGCGGAUGUAAGAACGUCUCGCUGAAAUAUCACAUCAACCCUUACCUCCAACUUCAUGCACUAGCCCGCGCACAUGACACUCCGACGAGUCAUGGUUCAACUCCUUUCGGACAACUUGCUCUGAAAAGCUUGUAUACAUACAGAUGUCGUCACCACAGGAGGAGGCCGUACCUUCCCAGCAGCCUGGCGCGCAAAGAAAGCGACAGCGAACCCACCCACGAACUGGUGUUGACGUGUCAUAAACUUGGUAUAUGGACCGAUACAGCUUGGUGCACCACUCCCGGUGCACGCUGUUAUCGUCGCCGAGGCUAUGUCAAGAUGCGAAUGCCUCAAGAUCCACGAGAAGUGUGGGUGGUUUAUGAUCGGUUAUGGCGCAGCAGGAACUGGCUCGGUCCUACCGACUCUACAAGGGAUCCUACUACUACUCCUGGUAGAAAACGAAAGCGUGAUGUUCGAAGCUGGGAAUUUGAUGAAGAAGCCAUGAAUGGCGAACCUAUUGGUACAGGACCAGAAGCAAAACCCACGCCCGCGCACGAGCGCCUGUCGCAUAGGAAGUUCAUUGAGAAUAUCACCUGCCAUAAUUGCUCAGCCGAGAUCCUUGAAAGAUGUGAGCAAUGCUCGGUCAUGAUGCAUUGUGCUGGUUGUCGCAAAACAUUGUGUGCCAGUUGUGCUUUUGACAGACCUUAUUUACGCAACAAAAUGGCUCCAGAGGAGGACAAAAACAAAUUUUGGUGGGCACCUGGCUGUGCAGUAUCUCCCUGCUCGAUGCAGGAUCAGGAUUUGCCACCUCCUGGUGCCGUCAAUGGAGUCCCUGUCGCCAAUACAAACACCCUUCCUAAUAUCAAGUUCAAGUGGUGUUGUACUGAGCCUGUCUUCUCCGGAGGUGGGGGGAUAACUUUUGGAGGUAUCUCCCAUCGCGAAACCGACCAAAUCCGUGCCGCACCGUUACCACCAGGCCAUGGGUGGGAAGACCCAGAGUUCAGCACUGAUCGAACAGAUAUGGAGGUGACUGAACCUCGAUUUCCGACCUUUUCUCCCCAAAACAGCACGGGCGAGGCCAUUGGUGGACGGUGGUGUUCCAUCGAUGGUCUUUUCCGGACCGCAGGCUCAUUGAGCUCUGGAGAUCAUCACUCAGUCUCUGUUCCACGAAUACUCUGUGAUGAAUGUUAUACUUCGGAUCAUUGGAAAUUAAAGUGUCAAGCCUGUUUUACGUCAUUGUGUCUCAAACACGACAUCGGAGACCGCGUUAAGGCCCGGAUCUGUGGCUUCAAAGAUCUUGCCGUUGAAAAACAGGAAUACAAGUCUCGUCAGAAGGCUAUCAAAAUAUUGGCAGCUUUGAUGCGUCAACGAAAAGAGAAAGCCUUGGCGAAGGGACGCUCCGCAGAAAAACUAUCAGGUUCUGAUAACAAUCGGGUGUUACCAUCAAUUAUUGCAACCACCGAGCCAAGCUCAAGUACCAAUGCGCCACCUCUCACUGCAGAACAGCCUACCGUUGUGUUUUCAGAGACAGCCGCCAUUGAGGCCGGGAUGGAAAAUCUGCUGAGAAACCUCCGUGCCCCUAUGCCUGAAUCAGAAUUUCCCCUGCGGCCAAGUUCUCCAGCAUCCAAUAGUUCUGGUGCUAUUUCCAGGUCCACUUCACCCACACCAUCGACUCACUCGAACUCACCCACUCCAGAACCAAGCUCGGCUCCCCGGCGACCAACACGACCUGCCAUGCAACCCAUACCACGUUGGCAAGGCUGUUUAUCCGUUUUCUGCACACUAAUCCGGGCUCCUGGUGAUCAUCGGCGACGGUGUACCGCAGUGAUGCGUCAAUGCGUUGAAUGUAAGACACACAUCUGUGGUGGCUGUGCAGAUUCAUUUGAGCCUCCGUGUCCGUGCAAGGGUUGCCGUGCUCCACAAUCGCAAGCCAUACCUUCUCCGCAGUUGGCACCAGCACCCGACAACGCGUCCGAAACUCCAUAUUUUUUCUGUCCCAACUGUAGGUGGCAUCGAAUGGAGAAUGGGAAAUGCAAGAAAAGGUCAGAAGCGUUUCUUUCGGCACAGCAGUCGGCCUCACUGAAGAAGUCAAAAAAGAAGAGGGGUAAAUUGCGAAAACCUGUCGAGGAACGGCGACUGGCUAGCAAUACGGUGGGCGGCUCUUCAAGUGAGGAGGAAGCCAUUGAUGGACUGGUGGAAUUCUUCAAUUGCCUCAAUGCACAACUCCACGGUAUACAAGUUCAUGAGAGUGGUGCAGCUGGUGCUCCCAGUUCCGCCUACGACGACCCUCUCGGAUACGCCAACCAAAAUGACAUUCAAGAGCUGGAAGACAUGGGCGCCUUGGCUCGAGAUCUGAUAUUUAGGAUUCAACGCCUAAGAGAUCAGUUUGUUCCCGGCUCACUGGCGGCACGUGCCUUACCAGAUAUCCGACUUCAGGAUGUGGCCGAGUCGGCCGAUGCUAUGAAUGUUAUUGCUACUCUAACUGAGAAUGAAGCCAAUGAUGCAAGACCAGACAUGACAGGCGCGAAUGCGAUUGAGCCUGACGAGCCCCUAGAAGAGGAAGCAGGAGAGCAAAUAUCGAGCGCAGAUUGA